UUUUCUGGCUAGUUCUGCGGGCCGGGUCUGGGGGACCCUUCCGCACACCGGCAGAGGUAGCGGUCCAACAUGAGCCAGGUUCUGUUUCAGCAGCUAGUCCCGUUGCAGGUGAAAUGCAAAGACUGCGAAGAGAGGAGAGUAAGUGUUAGAGUAAGCAUUGAACUACAAUCAGUUUCUAAUCCAGUUCAUAGAAAGGAUUUAGUUAUUCGUCUGACUGAUGAUACUGACCCAUUUUUUCUGUAUAACCUUGUUAUAUCUGAGGAAGAUUUUCAGAGUUUAAAAUUCCAACAAGGUCUUCUGGUGGACUUCUUAGCUUUCCCACAAAAAUUUGUAGAUCUCCUUCAGCAGUGUACUCAAGAACAUGUCAAAGAAAUUCCAAGGUUUUUGUUACAGUUAGUUUCUCCAGCAACUAUUUUGGAUAACUCACCUGCCUUUUUAAAUGUGGUAGAGACAAAUCCUUUCAAGCAUCUUACGCAUCUCUCACUAAAACUUUUACCUGGGAAUGAUGUGGAAAUAAAGAAGUUUCUAGCAAGCUGUUUGAAAUGUAGCAAGGAAGAAAAAAUAUCAUUGACGCAAUCACUAGAUGAUGUUACUAGGCAACUAAAUUUCACACAAAAGACAUUAUCAGAGAAAAUCCAAGAAUUAGAUAAAUUACAGAAUGAAUGGUCAUCACACACAGCAGCAUUGUCAAAUAAGCAUUCUCAGGAACUGACAAAUGUGAAGGAAAAAGCUUUGCAGGCACAGGUUCAAUACCAACAGCAGUAUGAACAACAAAAGAAAGAUUUAGAAGUCCUCCAUCAACGAAACAUCCAGCAGCUACAAAACAGAUUGUCUGAGUUAGAAGCGGCUAAUAAAGACUUAACUGAAAGGAAAUAUAAAGGAGACUCUACUGUCAGAGAACUUAAAUCAAAACUGUCUGGUGUUGAAGAGGAGCUCCAGCGGGCUAAGCAAGAAGUCCUCUCUUUGCGAAGAGAGAAUUCUACACUAGAUGCUGAAUGCCAUGAAAAGGAAAAGCUUAUUAAUCAGCUACAAACAAAAGUGGCUGUUUUAGAACAGGAAAUCAAGGAUAAGGACCAGCUUGUUUUAAGAACAAAAGAAGCAUUUGAUACAAUUCAAGAACAAAAGGUGGCUUUAGAAGAAAAUGGUGAGAAAAAUCAGGUUCAACUAGGAAAACUUGAAGCUACAAUAAAAUCAUUGUCAGCAGAACUUCUCAAGGCAAAUGAAAUUAUCAAGAAGUUACAAGGGAAUCUGAAAACUUUAAUGAGUAAAUUGAAACUGAAGAAUACAGUAACAAUUCAGCAAGAGAAACUCUUGGCUGAGAAGGAAGAAAAAUUACAAAAGGAACAAAAGGAAUUACAAGAUGUUGGACAGUCUCUCCGAAUUAAAGAGCAAGAGGUAUGCAAAUUGCAGGAACAAUUAGAAGCUACAGUUCAAAAACUAGAAGAAAGCAAACAGCUUCUAAAAAAUAAUGAAAAAUUGAUCACAUGGUUAAAUAAAGAACUAAAUGAAAAUCAGCUGGUGAGAAAGCCAGAUGUGUUGGGAUCUUCUACCACUCCGCCUGUACACUCUAGUAGCAACACAGUCAGAAGUGGAAUUUCUCCUAAUUCUAAUGUGGUUGAUGGUAGACUGACUUACCCAACCUGUGGGAUUGGUUAUCCUUUCUCAUCUGCAUUUGCAUUCCAGAAUACAUUUCCUCAUCCUUUAUCUGCUAAAAAUACUAUCCACCCGGUUUCAGGACCAAAGGUUCAGUUUAACUUGCAGUUUACAAAACCAAACACAUCACUAGGAGAUACUCACUCGGGAACAACUAGUAAUGUGCUUUGCUCAACUGAUAAGGAAAAUGGUGAAAAUUUAGGGCUGGAAUCCAAGUAUCUGAAGAAAAGGGAAGAUAGCAUUCCUUUACGUGGACUCAGCCAAAAUCUAUUUAAUAAUGCAGACCAUCAAAAAGAUGGCAUUGUAGGAGCAUCACAGACAUCUUCAAAACCCACAGUCCUCCCUUCUGCAUCUUCAGCUUAUUUCCCUGGGCAGUUAUCAAACAGUUAAGCUUAGUGUCAUCUUUUACUUCUUAUUGAAAUUGUUGAAAUUCACAUGGUUUAAAAAUAUAUUAGCAGCAUAGAUCAAAUCCUAAACAAAUAAGUUUCAAAGUUUACAUGAGUUACUCUUACUAGAUUGUUUGGAUCCUAUCAGUACUGUUGUACUUUAUGGCAGUUUAGAGGAACAAAUUUAUAUUGGGGAUUGGUGAAGAUUCUGAGUAUAUGAUGCUUUCUAGCUUGUGAACCUGGUGUUUUACAGAAUAAUGGUAUGAAUGUUAUUAAACUAAUCCUUAGAAAUUCUCAGAAGUUCUAAGGGAGGAAUUAAUCCUUGUAAGGGACGUUCUAAUUAUAUUGAAUAUCUGGGUCCAUCAAAACCUCAGGCAUAGUAAUAUCAAACCAAAGAAUGCUAAUGAUUCAUAUUAUCACUUUCAUUGGCAUAAUGUUUUGAUUUUGCCACCUGAGAAUUAUGAGGGAAAAUGAUUAUCUCAAGUUAUCUAUAUUGUUGAUAUUUACAGUAAAGGGAAAAGUGCUAAAACUACCUUGAAUGAAAUGAUUUAAUCUUUCAUUGUGAGUAUUUUCCUUGAAACCUUUAAAAUUAACUGUUGAGUAAGUCUACUAAUUCAAUUUGAUAAUUUGGACAGUGUAUUUACAUGACCAGAUUAGGUAUAAAGUGCUUUAAUUUAAGUCACUUGAGCUGCAAAGUUUAUAGGAUUUCAUUGCUUCCUGGAAGUCUUAGGCUCAUCCACUUAUUUCUCUUUCAUUUGGUGUUUUAUUGUUUAUGCAGAUCUGUAUUAGUGGAAUUUUGUUUUAAAAAUUAGUACUAUACAGAAUCAAAGAGCAUCAUGAAUAUGCACUAUUUGUUUUUUAUAGUAUCAAAGUGGGCUUAUCUUAAUGUCUGCCUAAUAAAACAGGCAAAAUAAAUGUUAGAAGUUUUAACUUUCUCCUUUUCCCUGUAACUAAGUUUUAAGUAAGAAUUGUUCCUUGGACAAAAUGUUAGGUGAUUUUAAAAAAUUAAUGUAGAAUCAGUGUCCCCUUUUUUCUUGUUGGACAACCAUCCAGUAGAGUUUCUCAAGAAACCUUCAAAUCAGUUUUUGUUUGCAAAGAUUGCUAGUGUUCACUUGGUAUUUAAAAAGUAUUUUCAAGGACCUUAUUACACAGAUGAAAGAGACAUUUCAAGAUAAUAAUGAUGUACCAGUAAUACUGGAUUCCAUGGUAAGACAAAGAAUCUUUGCCAAUUUUUUUAUGAAGGCACAAUAUUGUAUAUUAUGACACUUGGUAACUCUGCUGGCAGUUGCAAGCUGUCUUAAACCAGGGAUCUAAUUAAUUUAAAAGACUUAGUAAGUGU